AGCCGUUCCGGGGCCCAGAUCUGGGCUCUUGCUAACGCUAACUUCGGAACGGCCUGCGUUAGCGAGCCAAUCGGCUUGCGGGGCCUUCUCUCACGGCUUCCGGCCUGCGAUGGAUGCCGCCGGCGUGCCACUGGUUCCCGGGCUGCAGCCUCCUCGGCGUGGCGGCCAGCGUGGCCGGCGCAAGGGCCGCAAGGAGAAGGACUACCGCAAGACCAGUGACACCUACACGGCGUGUCCUUGCGGCCACUACACGUGGGACCACUUGCUCGCGAAGCGUGGCGGGCAGUGCGUGCGCUGCCGCGCGCAGCUUGUGCCCCCACCGUUGGUUGUUUUGGAUGCUGACCCUGGUCAUGGGCAUCGCAAGCCGGGUGCUACAGGCCUCUCUUCUGAGACGGUGGCCCAGCUGCGCGAGAUGGCUUCCAAGGUCCCUGAAGAAGAAGCGAGGGCGAUGUUGUCCCCAUGCGGCAUGGCGCUGCAGGCUUCUGUCAAACAGCCCGAGUUGCCUGAGACCGAGUACGUGCAGGCGCAGUCUGCCAAGCGCGAGGCGCAGCGGCAGGUUGAUCGGGCCUUGGGCGCCCGCAAGCGCCUGGAGCAGCAGAUCAAGGACGCCGACAAGAGGCUGGACGACGCUGUGGCGGCCGAUAUGCAGGCGGCCGAGGUGGUGGCAGCUGCUGCUAAGCGUAUCUCUGCUCGUGUUCUGCCUUCCGAGCCGCCCAAGUCCGCGGCCCACAUGGGCGCGCUGCUGCGGGACGGCGGGAAGGCCAUCACUUUGGAGCUCGGCGAGGAGUUGGACCUCUCUGGACCCGAGUUCUCUGACGAGGACCGCGACGCUUUCACGAAAUUCAAGAAUGACAUGUUGGAGAAGGCCUCCAAGCUCAUCACCGAGUCCUUGGCUGGGGUCGUGGACAAGGCGAAGGAGCACAAGGAGGAGUACGCCAACCGGAUUGGCGAGCUCAAGAAGAAGCGCAAGCAUAACAAUGGCAACCCUCAGACGGUUCGCCCUUCGGUGCCGGGGGGCGCGGGGGCAGCUGCGUCCGGCGCCCCGGGAGGAGAUGGCGCUCAACCUGAGGCGCCUGAGGAUCCUGAGCGGGCAGCCUAUAUGGCAGCAGCGAAGGCACGCGUUGCUGUCCGCAAGGCUGAGACCGAGGCCGCCCCGGCCGCGGGCUCUGCCGCGCCAUUUUCCUAGCACAGUUUGCUCCCCUCCCUCCUGCUUGACCUCUCCUGCGGCCCCUCUGCCCUUUAAGACUCCGGCCCCAAGUCUGCGAAUGAUUGUUGCCAACAUCUCCCUCUGGGGACCCUCAGCAAAGCGCUGGUUGGCAGAGACCUCGGCAGACUUAGUUUUGUUUUCGGAGCAUAGGCAGAUCGGUAGCGAUUUUGAUUCGAUGGUCAAGUUUUUGCACCGUUCGGGAUGGAGGGUGGUAGCGAAUCUAGCCGACACCACAUCAGCGCUUUCAGGUAGCGCUGGAGUUUUGAUUAUUAGUCGAUCACAUUUGCAAUUGAGCAACCUUGCUAGGCUGCAUGAAGAGUGGACGGAUGCGAGUUGCUCCCGCUACAUUUUUGGCACUCUGCGAUUACGGGGUGUUGACGUCACUAUUGUUUCUGUCUACCUGCACGCUUGCAUCGGCCUCACGGGUCUUAAUCUCUCUCUGCUCUCCGAGCUCGGCGUUCUCAUUUCGAGAGCGGGCGCGCCCGUCAUAGUUGCGGGUGAUUGGAACAUGCGGCCCGAAUUGUUGGGUGAUUCCGGAUUCUUGGCUAAGGCUGGUUUGGCAGUUGUCCCCAUGCCAAACGUUGCCGCCACGUGUGUUGGCGCUGGCACUCCUAGCCUCAUUGAUUUCUGCUGCGUGAGCAAUAUUUUCAUGGAUGCGAUUGAGUUUGAUGGCAUCGACCCCUCAGCCCCGUGGGGAACCC